AACUCCCCCACCUCCUCGCCUUAUAUAACUUCGCUUCAACAGACAUUCACUUCUCAGCUGACUAAAGCCGUUCCUCUGCUCAAAACUAGCAAAACCCAGAAUCAUUCAACCCCCAAACUCUGAAAACUCUCAACCAACUAACAAAGAGAGAAUCUUGUGAAGAAGAAAAGUAAGACAAAUGGUGUUCUUCUGCUUUCUUGUGGAUCAGAAGAGGAAGGUGAAGAGCAGCAAGCCAGCGGCCGGGAUCUGCUCGAGGUGCGGCGGGGGCGCCAGCGUUGCUGACAUGAAAACUGCCACUCGGUUUAUCUGCGUCCCCUUUUAUUGGAAGUCCUGGAAAGCCAUAAUCUGCACCUUCUGCGGAGCCACUCUUCGGUCUUACCGAUGAAGUUGAGGGAGAAGCCGAUGCAUUUUGUUCAGAGCGAUGGGUUUACUUCGCUUGGCUAGGUCCUACAUGUUAACUUCCGUAGUUAUUAGAUUCCUAUAGGUCUGGAUUCUUUCCAUCUUUUCAGUUCUUAUUCUUUUGCCAGAUGAUGAUCGAUGACUUUGGUUAGGGAAGUUAGUAUUUUGGUAAUGACUAAUGACAUGUAUCUUGCUCUCUUGAUUUUCUUCAAAGAGUGCAAAUUAUAUAAUCUAAAUGAGUUCAAACGGGUA